UAGUGCGCGCGGCCCAGCGGUUGGUGUUGCUUUUUCUCUCUCUCGCAGUUGGCGAGUGCGACUGAGAUGGUGUGCGUGUGCACUACCUGACAGCGAGUGAGCGAGAGCGCGUCAAGGAUUGGUGAGCAGUGAGCGAAGCGGAACGAUAAACCCAAAGCACUGCCGGGCCGACGGGAGCAAGCGAGACCGGUAGUGUUGGCAAGCGCGAGAUAAUCAUAAAAGGAUACGAUCGUUGUCUGAUAAAAAGCACGACCAAAACGACGAAAAAUUUUGCACAAGCAGAGAAGAGUUCCCUUUGGGCCGCGAUUUGGGCCCGAGUUUGAUUCCGCGUGCGUGCAAUCGUGGUGUCGGUCGGUGAAAUUACAGUCUUCGUUAUAAGUCUCGUUAUCGGCCGGACCACAGCGAGGGGAUUCGUUUCGGGUUGGGGGGGGUGGUGCAACCUCAACCCCCCGCGAAGAACGGAUGAAGGUCGUUGUCUUCGUCGUUGCCCGUGACAGACCGUGAUAGGCCCAGCCCGAAGGAUCGCCAGACGGUGCACCCACUGGUGCACUUCCUUUUCGGUGCCCGAUACCAGCAUGGUGGUUAGUUCCGCACUUGCGUCGACAUCCAGCCGUCCACUGUCCUGUGUGUCCACCAGUUGACAGUAGCGCCACAAGUGAAAACCAGAGAAAAAGGAAGAACGCACGGAAGCAGCUGUUGCUGCCCCUGCCUGGCAGGUCUGUCUAGGAUUCGGGACAUAAUCGCAUCAGCGCGCAGCCCGGGAGUGGCCGGGCGUUGCACUCUCUGCUGUGGUCACGUUCCGGCGCGCAUUCGCUUUCCAUAUUGGUGGUAUCCGCUGGACCGCAAGUUGUUCGACGAGUAAAAAAAAAACAUUGAGAUUGCCCUACGAUGACAACAGCUGCGACCGGUAAGAAGAUGCGCGUGGUGGCGCUGGUGAGCGGGGGAAAGGACAGCACGUACAACAUGAUGCAGGUGACAGCCGAAGGUCACGAGGUGGUCGCCCUGGCCAACCUACACCCCAAGGAUCGCGACGAACUAGACAGCUACAUGUACCAGACGGUUGGCCAUCAGGGCAUCGAGAAGCUGGCCCAGGCGAUGGAACUACCGCUCUACCGGCGGAUGACCCGGGGCAACUCCAUCAAUACCAAGGGCCACUACGAACCAACUGAGGACGACGAGGUGGAGGAUCUGUACGAGCUGCUGGCGAUGGUGCAGCGGGAGCAGCACAUCGAAGCCGUCGCCGUUGGCGCCAUUCUUUCCGACUAUCAGCGUGUCCGCGUUGAAAAUGUAUGCGCACGACUGAACCUUGUCUCGCUGGCAUACCUGUGGCGCCGUGACCAAACCGAGCUGCUGCAGGAAAUGAUCGAUUGCCAGGUGCACGCUAUCAUCAUCAAGGUGGCAGCCCUCGGGCUCAUGCCGGACCGGCAUCUGGGCAAAUCGCUCAAAGAGAUGCAGCCCCAUCUGCUGCUGAUGCGGGACAAGUACGGGCUGAACGUGUGUGGCGAAGGGGGUGAAUACGAGACGUUUACGCUGGACUGUCCGCUGUUUCGCUGCCGCAUCGUGGUCGAUGACGUGCAAACGGUGAUCAGCUCGGCCGAUCCGGUGUGUCCGGUCGGGUAUCUAAACUUCACCAAACUUCGCUUGGUGCCGAAGGAACGGAUCGAAGCGGUGGUGAUUAAAAAUUCGCUCGACUUUAUCCACGAUCUGAACGAAUCAAGCUACAGCGACCUGAGCGAUCCGGAUCUCAGCGAGACCGAGCUAGAGCUGAUCGAGCGGAACAGUUGUAGCGGUGCGGCUAUGGUGGCGGCCGUUUCCCGUGGUGUUAUGCGCAACUCCUUCAGCAAGGAUGACCUGUGUGGUAUUGGCGGCGGCGCGGUAGUUCUGUCACGCAGCAAUAGCAUCACGAAGGAACUGGGCGGUGGCGCUACUGGAAUCACAAGUCUCGAGGCGUCAGUAGGUUCAGUGGGUCUUUCCCGAUCGCCCGUGCGCAUUAUCACGAAAACGCGAGCGAGCAUAUCGACCAGCGAGGUGGGGUCAGUUUCCGGUGAUGGACCCGUGCCGGAACUUCCACCCUUUCACUACGCCCGCGAAAGUCGCCCUCUGAUCAAUACUCCUCGGGCGAUCGUCAACUCGAAAGGCUGGAUGUGGGUCGCGGGGGUUCAGGGCAUCGGCGAGGAUUCCCGCGAGGCGAUGGCCAAUGCCCUACGCAUCUUAGAAGAAAUGGUCCAAUCCCGUGGGUUCACGCUCCGGCAAAUUUGCUACAUUACUCUGUACGUGCGAAAUAUGGCCGAGUAUGGUGCAAUGAAUGAAAUCUACUCGACAGUGUUCGAAUUUGCCAACCCACCGACCAGGGUGUGUGUCGAAUGUCCCCUACCAGCCGAUUGCGCCGUCGUUCUCGAGGCCGUUGCUUUUAAUCCCAUCUCCAGUGCUUCAGAGAUCGAGCACAGACGCCACACGAUGCACGUGCAAGGAAUUUCUCACUGGGCCCCGGCCAACAUCGGAACCUACAGCCAAUCGACAAAGGUUGGCCACAUAACGUACAUCUCCGGUCAGAUCGCGCUGGUACCGGGCAGCAUGACCAUCAUCGAGGGUGGUAUCAAGCAGCAGUGCAAGUUGACGUUGCGCCACCUAAGCCGGAUAGCGAAGGCGAUGAAUGCGCAGGGUGGCCAGCUGAGGGAUGUGGUGCAGGGUAUCUGCUUCGUAACGCACCCGGCCUACAUCUACGAAGCGCGGCGCCAAUGGGAACGACGGACAGCGAACGCCAUUAUCGACUACAUUGUUGUGCCGUCGCUGCCACGUGGCGCCCUGGUCGAGUGGCAGGUGUGGGCCCACUCGCAUAACGAUAAGUUUGAUUACGAAGAAACGGGAUGUUCGAUCGGCGAGUACUCGAUUUCGAUCCGUCGGCGGUGGAACUACGAAAAUAACUGCUCCUCGAUCGUGUGCUACGUUUCGACCGGUCUCGCCACAUCGACCACAAAACUGACUGAGCUCACGGAUGACUAUCUGCAUCACCACGGGCAGCUAGCGCAGCGUAUCAGCCAGGAGCAGAUUCACGAUACGAUCGCGUACGUUUUGCGCAAACUAUUGCAGGACUACGCCGGCCACGGCACGGCUAGUACGAGUCCAACGUCCGGAGGAGCGGACACCAGUGGGCCCAACAAUCCGAGUAGCACUAAUACGACGAACACUAGCGACAGUAACACGAACGACGACUCGGUGGAACACCGUAACGACGACUUGGUGGAACACCGUAACGACGAGGACCAGCCCCAGCAGUGGCCACCACGGGAGCGAUCGCUUCAAUCGAUCUCGGAGCCACCAGUGAAACCAGCCGUCCAUUUACGCGUUUUCUACCAGGUUGAUGCGAUCACAUCGGUACAGUUUUUGCUCGAAGCGAUCGAAAGCUUUCUGCAGUCGCCGGCGAACGUGGCCCGUAUCGCCUACACGGUCAUUCCGGCGUGCCACUUGCAGAACUUUAGUACCUUCAUCUCGAUAUGCGGUCUGCGCCAUCACGAGUAGGAGCCCAGCUCAAGCCCAGCUAGGAGAAGGCGAAUCCUGAAGAUUCUAUCGACGGCUAAGUAGAAAGGGCGCCAAAGACAAGACGACUACUAGGUAACACGAUCGUACGAUCAUAGCGAAAAACGGGCAGAUGCCCAUAAUCGACGAAUGCCAAAUGGGAAGUAGAGCGCGGAAGGAGAAACGAUAAAAUUGGCCAACCACCAGAGGCACUAAAACAUGGGCUGAUAGCUUUUUUAUAUUGCAGGAUUACUAAGGUACUUGAAAAGUGUAGAAAGACAUCGUAGGACAGAUAGGUGGCCCGAACAAGUGGCUGAAGAACGAAUGAUGUGUGCAAAUAUGUGUGUGUGUGUUUCGUGUGUGCGUGUGCCGCAGGAGAAGCUUCUUGCCCCCGCACGCACCCUGGAGGUGCACCGUUUUACGUAAGAUAGGCAAUAAGUACAGUAGAAGAGCGACAUAAUCUAUCACAUUGUUGUUGGCGCGCAUGGCGGAAGCGAUUUUUUGUUGUAAAUUGUUUUGUUUGCUUCUUUGGAUAGUUAGGAAACGGAAAACCACUUUACCGCCGUGGCACAGGCUGAGGAGGAAGGGAGUAAAACGGGAACGAUGGCGCGCGUCGGUUCGAACGCGUCGCAUCGCCCCACAAUGUGUUAAUCAGUUUUAAGUUCUCGAAAUACCAUACAAACACUUUGGAUUGCGUUAGAAAUAGGGACAACGGAGAUAUUAAAAUACAAACGAAGCAGAAUGGCCAAUGAAUGCAUGUUGGGUCUUUAAGGUCUUGCUAGAUUGAGAAAGGCAUCUUAAUUAUUUAUGGUGAGCAUGGCCGCGCCCGUG